AACUUUAACCGAUGUAAAAUGAGCUUGUCAAAAUCAGAGCGAGAGUCUAUUAUAUUAAAUGACGCAAGAGGAAUACAACAUCCUUUCUAUUACGUAAGUCAGAGUAAAGAUGGUAAAAUAUACGUAAGAAAAAGAAAGGUUCCAUUAGCGAAUGCAGAAAGCGACAACAUUAAGGUGUAUGGCAAGGGUGAAGUCCACGAAGCCCAUAUAAAACCUUCUGUU